GUGUAUGCUUUGCAUGGAGAAGAUCUCAGGUGCAACCCCUGGCAUCUCCAGUUAAAAAACUGCACCAAGGGGGGGGGGGCGAAAUAACGUCCGCUCUUGAAAAGCAAAUUCUGACUUGGCUGAAGGCGGGUAUUCUCAUCUGGGUCCCUGACAUCGUACAGUCACGAGGGGACCGUACAGUUCUUGUCUAAAAGUGGUGGCUCACGUACAAGAACAUUAUUACCACCACCACCACCAUCAGGUGAGGAGCACUUUGAGUCGCGAUUGUGAGGGCUGGAGAACGCAGGAUUCCAAACCAUAACGGGAUGAGGACGUGUGAAUGAACGCUGGCGUGCAGAAGCCUGCGCUUCGAACGACCUCCCGCUUGCUCGCGUUUCCGAGGAACAAGCGGGCAACUUAAAACACUGAGUGUUUAAAAAGGAGCAAAAGGCGUCGUUCCGUCAUUGAUCCAAUGCCGGGGCCUGUGCGCGCAGAGUUCAACCCACUACUGUACUACUACAACCGCGUUACGGAGCGAGCGGAGGCGGGACAGGACAAGCCGAGGCGGCGGCGGCGGGCGGCGAGGAAAGAGGCCCCUGCUCGCCCCUUCCUGCUCCUCCUCUUUCCGUCGCCUCUCCAGCUUGCUGUCUGUUCAGGCAAAGCCGUGGCUGGGCGAGCAAAUAACAAAUGCGGGUAAAAGAUCGCUCAAAACCUAUCCAUGACAAAACCAAGAGACACAGGAAGUCAAAUCAGAAUCAGGAUGAAGACUCUUCGGACGACAUAGCUGGUCUGACAUGCCAGCAUGUAAGCCAGGCAGUAGAUGUACAUAAUGUUAAGAGGGCAGUAGCUCAAAGUGUGUGGUCAAUAUGUUCAGAGUGCUUAAAGGAAAGAAGAAUAUGUGAUGGCGAGCCUGUAAUGCCUUCUGACAUAUGGCUAUGCCUUAAAUGUGGCAUGCAGGGUUGCAGUCAAAACUCAGAAGGCCAGCAUUCCCUAAAGCAUUUCCAAACAGCACUGGCAGAAACUCAUUGCAUUGUAAUCAAUCUCAGCACAUGGAUUGUAUGGUGUUACGAAUGUGAAGAAGAGUUGUCAACCCAUUGUAAUAAGAAGGCUUUAGCACAGAUAGUUGACUUCCUUCAAAGACAUGUUACUCGGAAUGAAUCAAGUUCAUCAUCAAAAAUUACUUGGCUACAUGAGGAAAACAUUGAAGAAAGUGAAAUAUUAAAAGGGAAAGGCAUCAGUUCCAAUUGGGCAACCGUUCCAGUUAAAGGCAUUAGUAAUUUGGGGAACACAUGCUUCUUUAAUGCUGUCAUGCAGAACUUGGCACAAACACACAUGUUACACGAGCUAAUGUGUGAAAUGAAAGAAAAGGGGACAAAACUGAAGAUUGGUCAGAAUCCACCAUCUCAACUGGAGCCUUUGGGAGUGAACCUUUCAAGCCCUGGGUCACUGACUUCAGCUAUGUUCCUGUUCCUUCACAGCAUGAAAGAAACUGGAAAAGGACCUCUUUCUCCCAAAGUUCUUUUCAGUCAGCUCUGUCAAAAGGCCCCUCGGUUUAAGGGAUUUCAACAGCAAGACAGCCAAGAAGUUCUUCAUUAUCUGUUGGAUGCAAUGAGAAUAGAAGAAACAAAGCGCAUACAAGCUGCAAUCCUAAAAGCAUUCAAUAAUCCAACCACCAGAACAGCAGAUGAGGAGACGAAAAGAAAAGUCAAAGCAUACGGAAGAGAGGGUGUUAAGAUGAACUUUAUAGAUAGGAUCUUUGUUGGUGAAUUGACAAGCACAAUCAUGUGUGAGGAAUGUGAAAAUAUUUCCACCGUAAAAGAACCUUUCAUUGAUCUUUCACUGCCUGUAAUUGAAGAGAGGACUUCAAAACCUAUUCCUUUUGGAAGGACAAGUAAAAGUAAACAUACACACGAAGUGGAUGGUGAUCAGUAUAGUUCUUCUGUGGCUGCUCUGAAUCAUCAACAAUCAAAACUAUCUAAGAAGCAUUCAUUAACAAAGGACAAGAACCAAGUAAAUCAUGAAAAAAGACUUGCCAAGAAAUCCUCUGAUGAUGCAGCAGCAGGAAGUCCUUUUAUUAUGCAUGAACAAAAUACUAAUGCCAAAGGCAGGGCUAGUCUUUCUUCUCCAAGAGAUGGAGUACUGGAGCCUGCGGCAAAUGGAAGUCAGACUGAAGUCAGUGAAAAAGAAGUCAGUCAUUCUGAAAGUAGCAUUGAUGCAGACAGUGAGGCCUCUGAAAGUGAAAGUACUUCUAAGCAAACUGCUUCCGGAAGAACUUGUUGCAUACCUGGUUUGUAUACUGACGGGCAUAAAUAUUCAUCAGCAGCCACUAAAUUGCAGCACAACAAAUCGACUGAUAGCAAUAUGGAGGCACUUACUAAUGCCUUGUUGAAACUUGACUUCAGCAAUACAUCCAAUGAGAAUGAAGGGACCCUCUAUAAGAAACCUGCGUUGAGUCUGUCGAACAACUUUUCAUCCCUCGCAGAGAAACCCCUGUUGUUGCGAAACCCUCAAAGUGCCUUCCAGACCUUAUCUCAGAGCUACACAACAAGCUCUAAAGAAUGUUCCAUUCAGUCAUGCCUUUACCAGUUUACAUCUGUGGAGCUCUUGAUGGGAAACAACAAGCUCUUGUGUGAGAACUGUACCGAUCGGAAACAGAAACACCAGAAGAAAGCAAAUUCCACAGAAAAGAAGAUAGAAGGUGUCUAUACAAAUGCCAGGAAACAGCUGUUGAUUUCUUCAGUGCCCACUGUUCUAGUUCUCCAUCUGAAAAGAUUCCAUCAGGCUGGUGUGAGUUUACGAAAAGUAAACCGACAUGUGGAUUUCCCACUACUUUUAGACUUGGCUCCAUUUUGUUCUGCUUCCUGCAAGAAUGUGAUGGAUGGUGAAAAAGUUCUCUAUGCUCUUUAUGGAAUCGUGGAGCACAGUGGGUCAAUGCGAGGAGGCCAUUAUGCAGCCUAUGUGAAAGUCAGACCGCCAAACAAAAAGCUUUUGGAACAUAUUUCUAGCAAUAACAAUGUUCAAGGUUUAAAAGAAUCUGCAGGAGCAUCUGUAGGACAGUGGGUCUUUGUCAGUGACACGCACGUACAAGCAGUUCCAGAAUCAAGAGUGCUAAAUUCACAAGCAUACUUACUUUUCUAUGAAAGAGUUCUAUAGUUACAAUUAAUAUUACAAACAUAGUGAUAAUAACUAUUAUUUACACUUGUUUAAAACCAGAAGAAAAUUAUACUGCCUGAAAAUGUUUUGUCUUUCUAAGUCCCUUAGUACAACAUUUAAGAUUAUUUCGUUCUUUUAAAAAUUAUGCAUUGGAUGUAAAAAAAAAAAAGCCCAUGUAUGCACAAAGCACUUUCAUUUAUAUGCAGGUAUGGUGGUGAACACAUAUUUUAUAAGAGACUAUUCCUUCAGAAGAGCCUAAGUUUUGUGAAGAGUGUAUUGAAAUUGCCAAAAAUCCCCACGCAUGAGUGAAAGUAACUUUAUGUUUCCCUGAAUCCAAGCAGACUUUCUUGCUGUUGGUCUCGUAUUUCAUUUGAAAUAAUACCCACUGAAUACUGAUAAUUCAGUGGGUAAUUCAACUAAAUGCAUCUAAAAACAUUAAUAGCAGAAAUAUUCUAGACAUGACUAGCUCCUGCUUUUUCUUCAAUCAAAAGUGUUGCUGAACAACUCAGAAUGACGGUUAUAUAGUUUAUUUGUGCAUGAAUAUUCUUGAAAUUAUUGCUAUAUGUUAAAUCACAAAUAAAAUAAAUGAGGAUUAGCUGUUUCAAGAAACAAAAAGAUCACUGUACAUGUCUUAAGAGUCCUUCUUCAGUACAUCAACAUUUCAUCUUAAGCAAAGUAAAAGCAAAGCGUGCUUAUGUACAUCCCAUAGUGCUUAAAGCUCUCUUUGGAUGGUUUACAUUUUAA